GUCAUGCUUGUAACUGUCUGCAGUUUCUGGUCAUCUCCUCUACUAUGUCCGCAGUCUCUGGUCAUCUCCUGUACUGUGUCCGCAGUCUCUGGUCAUCUCCUGUACUGUGUCCGCAGUCUCUGGUCAUCUCCUCUACUAUGUCUGCAGUCUCUCUGGUCAUCUCCUGUACUGUGUCCGCAGUCUCUGGCCAUCUCCUGUACUAUGUCUGCAGUCUCUGGUCAUCUCCUGUACUAUGUCUGCAGUCUCUGGUCAUCUCCUGUACUAUGUAUACAGUCUCUGGUCAUCUCCUGUACUAUGUCUGCAGUCUCUGGUCAUCUCCUGUACUGUGUCUGCAGUCUCUGGUCAUCUCCUGUACUAUGUAUACAGUCUCUGGUCAUCUCC